AUGUAUGGAAUCUCUACGAAACAUCCACCCGCUUGUGUUGAACCAACAACAUACAUAUUUGAAGGCACACUUCGCCCCCCGGGUCUGAUCGGAGGCAGCAAGCCCAAGGUAGCCACACCCGCCGUAGUGUCCAAGAUAGAGCAGUACAAGAGGGAGAAUCCAACCAUCUUCGCCUGGGAGAUACGCGAGAGACUUAUCUCAGAAGGAGUGUGCACCAAUGCCACAGCGCCCUCCGUCAGCAGUAUCAACCGCAUACUGCGGAACAGGGCGGCUGAGAGGGCGGCGGCGGAGUUCGCGAGGGCGGCAGGCUACGGGCUGUACCACCCUCCAGCCGCCCACCCUUACGCCUCCUUCCCCUGGCCACCUCCAGGGCUGUGGUCCGCCCCUACGCCGCCUCCACAACAACUCAGGGCACCGGGCAGUCCGGGCGACCUCAUGCCUCGCCUGAUGGGAGACCUUGACGCCAAAGACGACGAGAGUGCGAGCAGCGCGGAUGGCUCAGAACAGCCAAAGUUCCGGAGGAAUCGCACAACCUUCUCCCCUGACCAGCUGGACGAACUGGAGAAAGAGUUUGACAAGAGUCACUACCCUUGUGUGUCGACGAGAGAGCGACUGGCGGCCAAGACCAGCCUCAGCGAGGCCAGAGUCCAGGUGUGGUUUUCCAACAGACGAGCCAAGUGGAGGCGCCACCAGAGGAUGAACCUGCUCAAAUCUAGGAGAGCGGGAGCCACCAGCGCCACCAGUCAGGGACGUCAGGGCGCCACCACCUCGGAGACACCUCUAACCCCACCAUGGGCGCCCCGUCACAUGGGAGGGGAACACAGCGCGUUCAAAGCGUUCCCACAGACAGCGACGGAGGGUGAACGAAGAUACGCUUCUUCGGAAACGUCUGAGGAAAUCAACGUGACGACGGACGACGAAGACUCAAACCUCGGCGAGGACCGAGGGAGCGAAGAACUCAGCAAGUUAUCACAGGCUGACGUCAGAGCGUCCAUAGAGUCCUGGCGGGAGAUGGCGGCGCUGAACGUGCUGAGGGGUGAUCCGUCCAUGUUCUCACCUCCGCCUUCGCUAGGAGAACCUCUGUAUCCUUCUCCGACACAACCCUUACCUCUCACUAAACACGACAGACUGUGACCAGGACUAACGCAUAUCGUAUGGGAUAAGUUACAUUCCUUUUAGCUGUUAGUAUAAUUUAUUACGUAAUUGUGACGAAGGCUUAAUUCAAUUAUAUCUCUUUUUGAAAAUUAAAUAUAUCAA